CGCCGCUUGGAACGCACGUCGCGUCGAGGUCGAGUUGGAGCGAGUGUCGGGAGUGAGUGUGAUGGAGCCGUGCAGUGCGCCCGCCGACCGCUGAUGACAUGUGACCGGCCCGCGACGCACCACCAGGCACCAGCUCUAACACGAUACAUGGUCGGUGCGGCUCGUGGUUGAGGCGCGCGCGCAUGGCGGCCGCGCCCGCCCGCGCCGCGCUGCUGGCCGCGCUCUUCGCCGCCGCUCUCGCACCCGCACCCCCCUCACCCCCUGCAUCCGCCGAACCCCUCGCGCCCGCCACUACGCUACAGCGGUCGCGGCGGCUGGCGAUCGAGGCGGUGGACGCGGUGGGCGGGGCGGACGGGGCGGAGGGGGCUGUUGUGGAGGCGACGCUGUCGUACUCGGAGGCGGACGCGGAGGCGGAGGCGGCGGGCGUGCCGGCCUGGCGCGAGCUGUGGCAGGCGUCGCUGGACGCGCUGCGGCGGGAGCCCACCAUCAACAACACGGAGGAGGAGGUGCCCGUGCAGCUCGGCGCCGUGGCCUUCCUGCACUGCCCCGUGCGCAACCUCGGCGAGCGUGGGGUGUCGUGGGUGCGGCGGCGCGACUGGCACAUCAUCAGCUCCGGCGUCUUCAUGUACACCAACGACGAGCGCUUCCAGGUGCUGCACAGCUCGGGGUCGGACGACUGGGUGCUGCAGAUCAAGUACGUGCAGAAACGCGACAACGGCACGUACGAGUGCCAGGUGUCGACGGCGGGUGGCGUGCUGUCGCGCCUCGUGCACCUGCGCCUGCUCGUGCCCGAGGCCUUCAUCCUCGGCGCCGACGAGUACCACGUCGACGCCGGCUCCACCAUCAACCUCGUCUGCAUCAUAGAGAAGAGUCCGGUGCCGCCGCAGUACGUGUUCUGGUACCACAACGCGCGCAUGAUCAACUACGACGCGGCGCGCGGCGUGAGCGUCGCGACGGCACCGGGCGCGCGCACGCAGUCCGCGCUCACCGUGCGCGCCGCCACGCCCGCGCACUCCGGCAACUACUCCUGCCGCGCGCCCAACACCGAACCCGCGCACAUACUCGUCUACGUCUCCGAGGGCAGCGACAAGAUGGCGGCGACGUUGAGUCGCAACACGGGCGUCGUAUCGCGGGCGACAGUCGCAGCGACUGUGGCGCUGCUGCUAUUGGUCGCGGUGUGCCGCGCAUGAGACGCGGAAACCCGGCGGACGACGAAUUUCAUAAGGACGCUACUCUUCUGUACUAUUAUAAGGUUACAGUUUACACAGAUUGUUCCGGACUAUUGAUCUGAAUCACGAGUAUUGUUUUGUUUAUCAAAUAAUAAUAAUAUACUGUACUAAUGUAAGUAACUUUUUAGUUACAAUACUUUAGUAUUAUUUUGAUUGGUUUUUAUGAGUACUAAUUUAACUAUCAAUGAACACUCUUUACAGUCGGCCACCAGUACUUAAGUUUUGCUGUCUAAAUUAACUCUCCUAAAAGUAUUCAAUGUAUGUAUAACGUAAAUUUUAUUUAUAAAACGAGUAUUAUGUUGAGAGGAAGUAAAUAAUAAUAAAUUUAUUUAUGGCAAUAUGAAAUUGAUUUACAAAAAAAAUGAUAUUAUUAUAUUAACUGUUCAAUUGUUAUAUUGAAUGGUGUUGAGCUUUUACUUUGUAAUAUUGAUAGGGUAAAACGUCCACAAACUUUUGUACAUAGCGAGAUGUGGUGGGAAGCUCAAGUUGUACUUGUAAAUAACAAUAGAACUGGGCGGCGCCGCGCUGCGUGCUGCGGCCUGCGGCUAGCUGCGGCGCGCGCCGUUCGCGACCGUUACCUGUAAGAUAUUAUUAUCUCAAUUUAUUGUUCGUAAUAUAGAUUAUAUUACAAUAAUAUUAUUAUAAUAACUCUGUUUGGAACUAAGUUCUGAGUAAAAGUUCUUCUAGCAAAUAAAUUAUUACUUACGUUUCCAUU